GCUUCUUUCAAAUGGGAAAACAUUAAGCCCAGUCAUGAUCUCGAAUACCACGACUGCUAUGGCGAAUUCAAGUGUGCGCGCCUGGAGGUACCCCUAGACUGGCUCAACGAAACAGACACAAGAGUGGCCACCAUUGCAAUGAUCAAGUUGCCCGCUGUUGUGCCAGAUGAGGAUCCUACCUUUGGCGGCGCCAUCUUCACCAACCCUGGGGGACCUGGUGGCUCCGGCGUCAGCUUCGUGCUCAAAAUGGGCCACUAUCUUCGCUACACCGCUGAUAAGCCGGGGCGCCGUCAUUACGAGAUCAUCUCUUUCGACCCCCGCGGUAUUGGAGAAACGCUUCCCGCUUCUGAUUGCUUCAAUGGGAACCUACUGACACGCGAUGCUUUUCUGCUCGAAAAUCGUGGCAACGGCGCCCUCACCAGGGGCGACAGCACCAUUGCUUACAGCCUUGCUGUGAUGGAUGCUUUUGCCCAACGCUGUCAGGGGGCCGAGGACGCCAUGGCCUUUGUCGGAACGCCCAACGUCGCUCGCGACAUGGUCGAGAUGAUUGACAAAAUCGACGAGCUGCGCAAAAGAGAGGCUGCUCAGAAACCCAAGGGGCAUGAAGCACAAGGCACAUACGACUCCGACACGCGAGCAGAGCUUAAGAGGCGAUCUGCUCCCAAGAGGAAGUCAGCCGAGCUCCAUGACGAACCCGGCGAUGUUCCGCGUCUUCAGUACAUUGGGUUUUCCUAUGGAACCGUCCUUGGCAAUUACUUUGCUUCCAUGUUUCCUGGACGUGUUGGUCGCCUCAUCCUCGACGGGGUUUGCGAUAUUCAAGACUAUACAGUGGGCCCAGGCUGGCAAAAAAACACUGUUGAUACGGAUGAGAUAUUUGAUAAUUUCUUUGAGGGCUGUGCCGCUGCCGGCCCCGAAGUCUGCGCCCUGGCUCGCACGUCAGAUACUAACGGAGCAUCCGACUUACGUCGUCGUUUUGAUACUUUCCUCUCAGAGCUAGACAAGACACCUAAGCCUGUGCUGACAGAUUCGGGAGACGUCGUCAUCGUAACCGGCUGGGAUGUUCGAAUGCUGGCCGCUUUGGUGCUUUAUUCACCUUUGAAGCUUUUCAAGGAGCUUGCUCAACAAUUUAACAAAUUCAUGUCCGGUGACCUGACAGAGAUGGCCGUCAUGGCCGUCAGCACAGGCAUGGUGCCCGCCAUGAAAGACGCAUGCCUCUUGGACAAGGCGGCCCGGCCGAGCAAUAUUGUUGAAGCUCAGAGCGCCGUCGUCUGCAAUGAUGGCGAUGAUAUUUCUCACAAAGGUGUCUCUUGGUGGCGCAAGUACGUGCAGAGUCAGAUGGACACUUCCAGCAUCUUUGGCGCCGAAUGGUCCACUAUUCGUCUCCCAUGCUCAAGCUGGCGUAUCCGCCCCAACUGGAAGUUCAAAGGCCCCUUUACCACUCCGGAUCCGGAUCCGUCCCUCCAGCCGGGCCGUCCCGCAGCUCCUAUUCUGUUUCUCUCCAACCGGCUUGACCCUGUCACGCCGCUGCGAGCCGCCCAGGCCAUGGCUAAACAACACCCCGGAGCAGGUGUUCUCAUCCAAGAGGCAAUGGGCCAUUGCGCUGUGGCGUCUGCUCCCAGCGAAUGUACAAGGCGCGUUGUAGCCGACUACUUCGAAUCUGGCAUCAUUCCUUCCGAUCUGUCAGCAUGUAAGGCUGAUUGUGGCCCC